UGUUCGAAACUUCAAGUUACGUAAAAAGGUGAUUUAAAACAUUAAUGAUCUCUGAGAUAAGAUCAUAGUAAAUGGCAUAGGUUACAUCACGGAAAUUCAUAUGAUUAGAUGAUAUGAUGGCAAACAUGCACUAUCAGAUUACAAGUUACACGUUAUAUGCAUUAUAUAUGCAUUCACGCAAAUGCUAUUCUUUUUCGUCAAUAUUUUAAAGUCCACAUUCAUUGGGAAUCAUAGUUUUCGAGACAGUGCAGUUAAUUCUACAAUUUCUACAAUUUUAAUUAAGAAGACAUGAGAUGUCCAUCGGAAUAUAAACCUCCUAUUUCACGCCUCGCCACAAGUCUACAAUUACGUAGGAAAGAAUAUCUUCGAGAGACUAAUCUCCAUGCAAUAUCUUAUUUCGUGGAUCCUUCACAACCUAAAUUUGAAAGAUCUUCAUGUCACCAUGUUCAGAAUGUGCCAAGCGUGUGCCAAAACACAUUUGAAGAAAAUGUCUGGAUGUGUGUGUGUGUGAGUGUAAUGGCCUCCCAAAAUUCAAACGUGUAUAACCCCAGAACGGUUUUAACUACAGCCCUCAAAAUUUGCAGGCACGUGCAACUCUAUAACACCUUCACUGACUACAAUAUUCGUCAUGAUUCAAGCUGCGGCUCGAAUGUUAUGUCCUUCUCAAAUUCCCCAAAAAAGAACGUUAUCACUCAAGCGAUCGCAAAUUUUGUCAUACUCAUCUGAAUAGUUCUUGACUAAGAUUUGUAUCCAAGGUUGGUUGGUAUUGUAUUUGGGCAGAAUCCAUCAAGAAGUUUUGAUUAUAUGAUAUUUUGAAUUUUUCGAAAAAUCAAAUUUAUCAAUAUAACUCCCGUCAACUUUUAUCGAUUGAGCUCCAACUUUCCAAACGUAUAGAACCAUCAUUCAGCCGUGAUAUGUAUCAAAUUCGUCGGAGAUCGGCAAAACGGAUCUGGUUCUACAUAUAUUCCAGGUUUUAAAUUUUUGAAGUCGCUAUAUGAGGAAGCCAAGGAUUUAAAUUUUGCAAUUUGGUUCCUCUGAACCGUCGGUAGUAAAUGAAGAUUCAUAUAUGAGGAAGCCAAAGAUUAAAGAAAAAUGAAAAUGCUUCCUCAUAUAGAGACUUCGUACACUACCUACAAUUUGGAGGAAGCAAAUUGCAUGUUUCAACUUGCGGCUUUUUCAUUAUCUAAAUGUGGAUUUUUUCCAAAAAAAAUUGAGUUUUUAUUUUCACACAGAUGAGUUUUCAACGGUGUCUGUAAAUUUAUAAUUAUUACAUUGAUAGUGCUCGUUAGAAGUGCUGGACAUGGUGGAGCGGUCAUCAUCACCAUUGCCAUAGCCACUGUGACCGCUACCGGCCGAUGCUAUUGACAUGAUCUCAUCUGUAAAAAAAUUAUGAAGAAAAUCGCAUUGUUUUUUUUUCCUUUUGUUUCCGAUGCUGUUUAACGCAUACCCCACGUAUC